ACAAAAAAUGCGUACGUCAACGGAUUGUAAACAUGCCCGGCCCCGUUGACCCUCCGCAAGCCCGUACCCUAUUUCAUGCUUUUCUUGCUGCUGUUGCUUUUUUCUAACGAUCGAUACCACCAAUUGAACAGCACCAAAAUGCAAACCAGAGCAAGAGAGCGAGCAUUCCAAAGUGAACAAUGCGGGAGCGCAUCAAUGGGUCGCGAAUUAGCGUGGCGUGGUAGCAGCAACAGCUUCGGUACUGCCAUGACGCAGCGCAGCUCAGGGGUCUCCACACGCAAAGUGCACACGCAAACAUACGUACCGUGUACGCGUGUGACGGACAUUCUUGACAGCUCCCUUGACUGCGAACACUUUUAGUUUACAUUUGGGACAAACCACGACUACGGCGUGUUGAACAUGGCUGCGUAAACCAAACUGACCCGACGGAGGACAAACCUGCAUCUUGGUUUUUGUGCUGUGCGUGCCUCCUUCAUAGCUGUUGCUGGUGUCUUUGAGUUACUCACCUUAUUGGAUUGCAUUAGAUGGAACAGUAAACGUUGACACGAUGACACCCGCACAAAAGAACGCCUAUCUGGAAGCUCACAUGGCUGUACAGCAGCAAAUGGCCCAGGCUGCUUUGCAGCUUCAGCACCAGCAUCAGCAGCAACUGCAACAGCAACACCUACAACAGCAACAACAACAACAGCAGCAGCAACAGCAACAACAACAUAGUUUAAGUUAUUCGCGAGCUGUGAAGAAAACAAAAACCAGCCACGAUGGUCAUUCCUUCAUGCAGCAAGGACAGUUAUCCCAUCAAUCUCAGCAGCAGCAGCAACAUCAACCCGGCAGCUCGCCCUCCGCCCUCCCGAAUCCGAACGUCAACCACUACACAAGCACGAUAAAGGUGCCGCAAAUCAACGCCGGUUCGCACGCAAAUGCGUCCAACGCAGGCAAUGACACUGCUGCGUCUGCUGCAUCCGUCACCAGUACCACCACCGUAGCUAGUUCUGCGGCAACAACAGCCACCGGAAACGGGGGUGGUAGUGGGGGUGGUUGUAACAGCAGCAGCAGCGGCAGCAGCACCUUCACCGUGCCGGAUGACGUCGGGAUGGGAUUUGAAGGUGGAGUACGCGUUCUUCAAAGUUUGGGGAAUUGGUCACCGGAGAUACCACCCAACAUACCGCGGCCCAAUCUGAUACCCUUCACGGAACCGUACGCGGAAGGAGGAUCCAUGCAUCCAGCAACGCGCCUAAAAGCACUACAGCAGGUGCAGCAGUCGUCCGCCGCGGCUGUCGCUGCCGUGGCAGCUGCAGCUGCUGCUGCCUCUGGUGCCUCACGUGCAAAAGCGACUCCGACCAAAGGGAAGCCGGCAGUGUCGACCGCGGACCCGUCCGCACCGCCAAAACCCGUGUUCGAGUGCACCGUGUGCGGGAAAGGGUUAGCCAGGAAGGAUAAGCUAACCAUCCAUAUGCGCAUUCACACCGGCGAGAAGCCAUACGUCUGCGAGGUGUGCGAUCGUGCGUUCGCACGCCGCGACAAGCUGGUGAUACACAUGAACAAGUUCAAACACAUUACGCCGACGAAUAUUGCACCACUCGGAAAGCGCCAGAAUCGGUCUCUUACGAUAGCAGAAAAGGAAGAGUUCAAAAACGAAGACAAUAAGCCACCCAUACUGGUUGACCAUCAGGCUCUUGCAACGCAAACGUUAACAACGGUCGUGAACAACAUUGCCGCACAACACCAACAUCACCAGCAGCAACACCAGUUGAAUACUCAACUAUCCCAUCAGCAGCAGCAGCAGCAAGUUCCUUCCAACCAACUUUCGCAGUCUGGUUCAUCCGAAGGAUCGCAACUAGGCAAUGUCGGCGCACAGCAAUCACAUCAUACACUAUCCUGGCCCUGCGAACUAUGCGGUCGGAUGUUUGGCUCCCGAGAAGAGUGGACUCUGCACGCCAAAAGCCAUCUGGAGGUAAUCGUCCCUCAACUACCAUGCACCCGACCACAGGGAACGUAAUACCAUAAUACCCGGUCAACCCGUCUAAUGGGUUUCCUGGAUGUUCCUGUCACGUCCAUGCGUAGAAGCGGGUUUUAUUUUUCAAUCAUUCAUUUCUUCCCCAAUCCUUCUGCUCCCAUCUCACCCCUUUCGAUAACUACAACAUAUGGCGAAGUAUUGACAAUACGAUGAACGCCAAGCGCCGCACUGGAGACACUGCCAUGCCUAGAGCGAGUCGCAGCUAAUGGCGGGGUGAAUUCCCUAGCAUUUCACACUUCCUGUAGUCGCCCUACUAUUACGGUUUACGUGCCACUUCCUAGGCAAGUUGACAGGCGGCAUCAUGAAGGCAUCGGCUGCAUAUAAUGCCUACCACCAACUCCGUCUGCCGAGUUCUGGAUCGAAGACAUCGAAGAGAGGAUGAUUAUAUAUACACCACACAUAUCGAUUGCAAUCCUCUGCAGUUCCUUGCUAGCUUAGCGGUUAUCCCAUAAUUGCAGAUUUGAGUGCGUGGAGCGUGCUAGCUAUGUGGACGAGCUGGCUAACUCAUGGCAGGUGACUUACGAAACUAACUAGGCCACAUUCGCAUUCUAUUUCGAAUUUUAUGAAAUAAAUGUACUAUCAUACACCAUAACUCAUCGGCAGUUAUGAAAUAAAAAUGUACUAAACGCACUGGA